ACCAGUCCACGACUCGCUCUGACGACCCGUAGAGGAGCAGAGCGCGGCACAGAGCCCACCUAACCUAAACCUCGCCGCGCCUGCGAGCACAGACCUCCUCUCUCUCUCUCCUCCUAUAAUUAUCCACGUCUCGCAGAGCCCGGCCACACCACAGCUGACGCUUGCGAAUCACUCCACCAGAAACCGCGCCACCGAGAGACCCGGGGGGUGGACGGACGCGCGCGCCCAGGCGGCAUGGGCGUCUUACGGAGCACGCAGAGCAUGCAGGCUGAGGUGGAGGAGAUGCGCGCCGCGCUCUUCCACGGGGGCGGGGGCGCGGCCGGGUGGCGCCCCUCGGCCGGCGACAACGACGUCAAGCGCGCGGUCGACGGCGACGAAGGCGCGGCGGGCCCGCGCACCGUGUGCGUCACCGGCGGCAUAUCGUUCGUCGGCUUCGCCAUCGUCGACCGCCUCCUCCGCCACGGAUACACCGUGCGCCUCGCCCUCGAGACACAAGAGGACCUGGAUAAGCUAAGGGAGAUGGAGAUGUUCGGGGAGGACGGCCGGGACGGGGUGUGGACGGUGAUGGCGAAUGUGAUGGAACCCGAGAGCCUGCACCGGGCGUUCGACGGCUGCACAGGCGUGUUCCACACCUCGGCGUUCGUUGAUCCCGGGGGCAUGUCCGGCUACACGAAACAUAUGGCUAGCUUGGAAGCCCAAGCAGCGGAGCGGGUGAUCCAAGCGUGCGUGAGGACGGAAUCCGUCAGGAAGUGCGUCUUCACCUCGUCCUUGCUGGCCUGCGUGUGGAGGCAAAACCACCCUCAUGAAAGACGGGGCCCGACCAUCGUCGACGAGAACUGCUGGAGCGACGAGAGCUUCUGCCGCAACAACAAGUUAUGGUUUGCACUCGGCAAGACGGCGGCAGAGAAGGCGGCCUGGAGGGCGGCCCGGGGGAGAGACCUGAAGCUCGUCACCGUCUGCCCCGCGCUGGUCACGGGGCCGGGGUUUCGCCGCCGCAACUCCACCGCCUCCAUCGCGUACCUCAAGGGAUCUGGUGUGAUGCUCGCGGAUGGCGUCCUGGCGACGGCGAACGUGGCGACGGUGGCCGAGGCCCACGUCCGGGUGUACGAGGCGAUGGGCGACAACACGGCCGGCGGCAGGUACAUCUGCUACGACCAUGUGAUCCGGAGAGCCGAGGAGUUCGCCGAGCUGGAGCGGCAGCUGGGGAUCCCGAGCAGAACGGCGGCAACGCAGAGCGUAGACGACGACGACCGUCCGGCGAGGUUCGAGCUCUGCAAAAGGAAGCUGGGGAGGCUCAUGUCCUCGAGGAGGAGGUGCACGUACGAUGACUAUUACUGCCCUGUUACGUUCCAAUAGGGCGCCAAGACAACGCUGCUGGUGGAUAUGAAGGCACUUCUAGAUUGGGUUCGCACGGCAGGUGACAAUUCAAUCCAGCACCGACUCCCCUGGGUUGCACAUGCUCCUUGAUGAGGUCAAAACCUGAAUGGAAGUGGGAGAAAAAAGAGUAGUAGGAGUACUAGUUGAUUGUUGAUUGUUGAUUGUCCCUGUGGACAAACAGGAGUAGAGACGUAGAAUGUACGCGAGUGCGAUGGUGUAUAUAGUGAUAGUGCGAUCUUGUAGGUUAUUUAUCAAUAAAGUUGGAUCGAAUUUUUCUU